ACGAUAAAGAAUGGAAAGAUUGUUUAAAUGAAGCUCAACAAAUACAAUCUGGAUCACAAAUGCGUGAUGAUAUACUUUAUCAAACCCGUUUAGAAGCAGAAAGCAACCCUUCCUAUACUUUUACCGAAUCUGAUAUAUACAAUAUAGCAUUAACAAGAUUAGAAGCUAUUUUGAUCAGAAAUGGAUUCCGUCUUACCGAUUUUCCAAACAUGCCUUUACCGCUUCAAUUAUUUAACAAUCAUAUUCAGCAAAAUUAUUUACUCGCAAAAGAGUUGCAAUAUGAUCGUGAUUUUCUUAAA